UCUUUUUUCCUUCUUCUGAUCGCUUUGAGUUUUUCUUUUAUUUUGAUUUCCUCAAGUAACUAAUUAUGUUGUGUUCUCUUAGUAUAUCUCUAUGUGUUGCAUUCUUCAAUGUAAGUGUGAUUACCACAAAACUAUAUAUGAUUAUUAGUGUAACGGCCCGGUUCCUGGCCCAUAAAAAUUUCCCAAAGAUUAUGGGCUUCUCUACAGCCCAUUUGACAAAACCCUAGGGCUUCCCCUUCCCUUUACUAUAAAAAGAGAUGCAGUCUCCCUUUCUGCCUCAUCACAAAUCUGAAGCGAAGCCCUGCAGAGAAUUCCCGGAGGUCGAAAACCCUAGCCGUCGAGCUCUCUCUCUCUCUCUCCUGCGCCGUCUCUCUCUCUCUCCUCUCUCUCUCCCGCGUGUCGCUCUCUCUCUCUCUCCUCGCCGUCACCCUCUCUCUCUCCUUGCCGUCGCACGCUCUCUCUCUCUCUCUCUCCCUCUCGCCGGCGCCGUGAAGGGUGGUGCUGACCAGAUCUCAACCUUCUCAAUCCUCGUUUCCAGAUCCAGAUCCAGAUCUAAAACUAAGGAUGUUUUCGCUUGACCAUUACGAGUGGAGGAUGCCGCGUAUGCACUACGGACGGAGGAACACCAGGGAGUAUGCCCAAAGGCGUCACUAUGACAGGGAGGGUAACUUGGUGCUACCCAUGUUUCCGGAUCCUGAAGAACAGUACAGGGAGUUCCCAUUCAGGUACCCGCACGAGCAGACUGUGAGGCAUAAGGUGUUGAUGCCUCAUUUCCAGAGGAUGGCUAUGGAGACACGCCUACUGCAGGGCAAUGCGAGAUUCCAGCUUGCAACCGAAGAGGGACCCCCGAGGAAGCGUGGCCGUCCCUGCAAGACGCCAAGUGCAGCAGGGGGACCCCCAAGGGUGUUCACCGGGAAGUGCCAGUGUGGAGUACUGAGCAAGAAUGCUCAGGAGGACCGAUCAGUCGCUGGAUACACGGAGGACUUCAUCAACCAAGCCAAGCUGUGCAAACCGAAGAAUGCAGAGACGUGGUGCAUAUGGUAUAAGAACGGGCUACGCAAGGAGCUCCAGGCGCAGUUGAGGGGUGUUUUGGAGCCCUUGGAGUUCGCGUUAGUGAGGCGGAUGGCAGGCUUCGCCAUGGAGGCAGAAGAGAAGAUUGCAGCCGAUGUGGCCGCACUCUCGAGCAUGGAAGGAGGAAACCCGGGUGGGGACGUCGAUGGCCAUGAGGUGCCGGUAGGGGCAUCCGCUAAGGGAAAGCGGGGGCGUCCGCGAAAACCACCUACAGUAACAUGUGAUUGUGACGUACUGGUCCAGAUGGUUCAGAAGCCACGCAAGGUGAGAGAUUACCUGGAGGAGUUCUUGGAUACGGCCAAGAUGUGUCAACCGAAGCCAGCUGAGGAGUGGUGUCAUCUGUUUAGGGCCGGGCUACGUGGGGAUAUUCGUGAAGAACUCGUGGGAGUCCUGGAGCCUCUGGAAUUUGCACUGGUGAGAAGGAUGGCUAACCAAGCACUGCACGCGGAGGAGUGGUUGGCGGAAAAGGAGGUGGAGGCCGAGGAGGACCGCGUCGCAGAGGGCGAUGAAGACCUGGGAUCCGAGUCCCGCUGCCCCUCGCCAUGUCAAUGUGGCUAGACGAGAUCCUAGAGACGAUUCGUAGGAGUAGGACACGUGUUUCGCUAUUGGUUUUAUUUUAUUUAUUGGUUAUUGGAGUUGGUGUUCCUUCCCUUAUUUACGGCAUUCUGUAUUUGUGCAGAUGUGCUGAGUUUCUUUUACAAACUAUUGUAGUCCUACUCCUUUUAUUAUUUAUGACAUUCCUUCGUUGGUUUUAAAGA